CGAAUCGGUCAGCUCCCUUUGAGGUCAUUUGGUUUCGGCUGCAGCCCCAGCCUCCCAGGGGCUCUUUGUUCUUUUCCCCUCGAUGCACCUCCCAACUACCCCCCAUUAAGUCAUUCUCGUGGGGUUCGACACAAUCACUCGAGUCCUCUCCGACACAGUAUCCCAAAACUAUUCAAAUCAUCAAACAGGUUGAAGAAAUGGCUGGUCCUCGCACGAAGCGGCAAUUCGCCGGCGCAGCCAGUGAUCCUGCGCAACGGUCCAUCACCUCAUUCUUCAAUCGGGCUACGAAUACCGCUCCUUCGGCCGACGCCGCCUCAAAAACGUCAAGCCAAUCGACUUUCGACGGCCCUCCUAUCCCAACACAAGUCCAAACCGACCUUUUAAAUGUCGGCAUGCGGGUGCGCAAGGCCAUCCCAGAAGGCUACAAGACCGGCAGCGCCUACAGCGGCUUCACGCUCUGGGCUGAAGACAACAACAACAGCAACCCCACCACCACCGGCGACUCCUACCCAACCUCCACCAACCCCAGCGCAGCACCCACCUCUUCCUUGCGCGAACUGGAACCUUUCUGCGGCAUCAACCGAGUCGGCGGCCUCGCCUUCCAGCCCUCCCACAGCAACAACACCAACACAAAUUACCAGCCCACCAACGACGACGACUACAUGGACGACCCGGACGCCAUGCCCGGCCUAACAAGCAGCCAAGACACCAUCACCACCAUCACCAGCAGCACCUCCCCCUCCCCCGGCCCCCUCAACAUCGCCACCGCCUUCGCCCCCCACCCUCCGACAACGACGACGACGCGCAAGCGCAUCUUCACGUCAGACGAGGACGACGACGUCAACGGCGCCACCGCAAACAGCAGCAGCACGGCAACGCUCCCCUACCGCGGGCCCGUGCGCCUGAGCAGCGACAGUAGCCCCGAGGCGUGGCUGCUGGAGGAGGAGAUCUCGCCGCGCAACGUGACGCCGCCGGCCGGGCUGUGGGAGACGGCGCGCGUGCUGGCCGUGCCGCGGCGGUCGCGCACUGCGGGGGGCAGUGGUGGUGGUGGUGGCAAGGGUUUUGUUGCUGGUGGCGGUGGUAGUGGUGUUGGGGGUGGGCAGGAGGAGAAUGUCAUGGUUGUGGUGCGGCGGGAGGAUGGGAAUGAUUUUGAGGAGGCGAGCUUCCUGGACUAUGGGCUGACGGGGGAUGGGCGGAUGGAGAUUGAGUGAGGUCGGGAGGAAGGGAGGCAUGUGCCUGGGGCGGGACGGUCCGUUGAUGGUGGUGGGUUAAUGGCAUUGCGGGCUUGAUGGCGUUUUUGUUUCGCACAUCUCUGCUGAGCAUUGGGCAGAGACGGGUUUGCAUUAUACCAGGGACGGAGGCGGGUUAUGGCUUACUUGCACUUGCAUGUGUUUCUGAGGGCGACGGCGUUUAGCAACGGGGACACGGUGGACACACCGAUGGGGUUGCAUUCUGAUUACUGCUCGAGUAUACCUACGACGCGUAGCGCGAGCAAAUGAAAUAAAACAUUAAAUAAG